AUGAAACUUUCCAUGUCUGCCUGCAAAAAAGUACAACCCCGAGUGAAUUUGGCGCUCAACCUGGAGCUUUUCUUCCGUAGGAAAGAAAAGGUGGUGUUCGUAAUGGGAGCAACCGGCACCGGCAAGUCCCGUCUGGCAAUCGACCUCGCCAACCGUUUUCCAGCUGAGAUUGUAAAUUCAGACAAAAUGCAAGUUUAUAAAGGCCUCGACAUAGUAACUAACAAAGUCACUGAAGAGAAGGGCCGUGGGGUCCCGCACCAUUUGCUAGGCAUAGCAGACCCCAACUCGAAUUUCACAUCGAUGGAUUUCCGACACCAUGCAACACUUGCUGUUGAAUCUAUACUCACCAAAGGCCGCCUCCCAAUCAUUGCCGGUGGCUCCAAUUCGUACAUCGAGGCAUUGGUUAACAAUGGUCCUGAAUUUCAACUAAGGUACGAAUGUUGCUUCCUGUGGGUUGAUGUGUCAUUGCCCGUGUUACACUCAUUCGUGUCCGAACGGGUUGAUAAGAUGGUGCAAGCAGGCUUGGUUGAUGAGGUUAGACAAAUGUUUGAUCCAAUGGCCGAUUAUUCCCAGGGGAUUAGACGUGCAAUUGGGGUCCCCGAAUUGGACCAAUAUUUCCGUGCUGAAUCAAUUCUUGAUGCUAAAAUUCGAGCUAGGUUGCUCGACACAGCUAUUUCUAAAAUCAAGGAAAACACAUGUAUACUAGCUUGUCGCCAAUACCAAAAAAUCCUCUGGCUUUAUGACAAAUGGAAUUGGAGAAUGCACCGGCUUGACGCCACGGAAGCAUUCCUAAAGUGCGGCGACGAGGCUGACGAGGCAUGGGAGAGACUUGUGGCGGGACCAAGCACCAUGAUUGUGAGCCAAUUCUGCUAUGACGAAAAUCGUGUUGCCACGAUUGUACCGUCCGACUCCGUAAUAGCCUCCGCCACAUCAUCCGUUUCCAUCCCCAGCGUAGCUGCCGCAACCCGUUAAAGGUAGGGCCCGUGGAAUCUGCCACAU